AUGAUAGGAACCACCAUCCUUGGUGCCAUAAAAUCUGCUGUUGAUCCAAGCACAGAAGUCGUGUUCCAAGAGAAUCCUGAUGGCAACUUUAUUAAGGAUAAUAACUUUGCUUAUGCCAUUGUUGUUGUGGGUGAGCCCCCUUAUGCUGAGACUGCAGGAGACAGCAUGGACCUCACAAUGAUAGAUCCAGGUCCCAGUGUGAUCAGCAAUGUCUGCAAGACAGUCAAGUGUGUUGUUGUCGUCAUUUCUGGCAGGCCAAUCGUCAUUGAACCAUAUCUUUCCUCAAUUGAUGCCUUGGUAGCAGCAUGGUUACCUGGCACUGAAGGCCAAGGUGUGACUGAUGUCCUUUUUGGAGACAAUGGAUUCACUGGAAAACUUCCAAGAACAUGGUUUAAAAAUGUGGGCCAGCUACCAAUGAAUGUUGGGGAUCCUCAUUAUGAUCCACUCUUCCCCUUCGACUUUGGUCUGAAGACCAAGUCAGCUCCAGGCUUUGUGGCAAGGCAAGAAGGACCACAUGGUUUGGCAGCAAGGAUUUGUCAAGAUUCAAGAAGUUAA